AUGUAUGAGGUUUUGUGGUAUCUACAGACGGCUUCACCUGACAAAGCCACGGCCUUGCUGCAGCACCUGCGGGCGACCCAGGGUGACGAUCUGGGAGUCAUCUUCAAGAACUUCGAAAUGGGCCGUCGCAAUUCUUCCGAGUCUGGGCCUGCAUCUGAGACCAAAGUUGGUAAGAACGAUUCACCACCGACAUUUACGGAUUCUCCCUCAUCGACAAUGCUUUCCGUCCCUGAGAUAAUGGAUCAUCCCCGAUUUUCUACUGUUCGAAAGGGCCAGACCGAAGUCACGGGCAUCACUCUGCUUGCUCCAAACCACGAAAACGCAAGUGUUUCCAACGUCCACGGCCCAUUAGAGAUGUUCUUUAACUGUGUAGGAGCACUCUUUUACAUUAUGAAUAGGAACGACGUCCAAGCAUGCAUCGAAGCAAUCAAAGCCUCCGGAAACGAGAACAUGCCACUCGGACACAUGUUCAGCAACGGAAGUACAAUCGAACUUCGUACUUAUGCCGCAGAAAUUGCGGGUAUGGCCUCUAUCGGUGUUAUACAUUCACAGCUAGCCGACCCCACAAAGGCACCGCCUCCCGAGCUUGCCGAUUACUUCUACGCAGUCGCCAAACAUGGCCUGGACUCUGCGAUUCUUCACGAUCCGCUUCGAGCCAUGAAUGUUUGCGCGCUGCUUGGCAUGUAUAACAUCGUCGUCAAAGCGACAGUUGCUCUGGCUUAUAUUGGUACGAGUCACACUUGGGUAUACCCACGAGAAAUACGCCACUAA